UGAUUUUGUCGUUUCCCAGCACCGACAAACGGCGUCUGCAGCCAAAAAAAAUAACUUGCGUUUGCCUUAGAAAGUUUCUUUCCACGAUAUUGAAGAUGUCGCCGAAAUGCAAAACCAAGAAAAUGGUUGUUAAGAUACCGCGCCACCCCUACUUUAACAUACAAAGUGAGCGCAGCGUGGAGCGGGAGGUGGAGUACCAGGUGCGAAAGUGUCGCGUUAAUUUGGAAAGGCUAAAGUCGACUGCUGCCAACACCGCUCAUCCUUUCCCACUUAAACCGAAGCCCAAAAGAUGCAUUGUCCGGGUGGCCAGGCUGCCGGACGUGGAGCGCAGCGAGAUCUCCGUGACCCCGGCCAGUUCCAUCAUAAACUCGACAUUGACGAAGGCGCAUCUAGCGAGUAAAUGGAAUUCUAAGUACUAACGAGAAACCUAAAUGACUGGAAACAAUCACCUAUAUUCAUAUGUUUAGAUCUACGGCGAUAGACUUAUGUGUUCUACAAAGGCAUUACCAUAGUUUUUUUAACCCAUACCAUUCGUGGGACUCAUACAUAUAUCCAUUAUCCAAUAAAACACAAUUUUAUAUUCAA